GGCCCUGGCCAGGACAUGACGGAGGAGCCACGGUUAUGGCCUCUGCCCUCAGGCCUCGCCGGGCUCCUGCUCCUCUUCCUUUGCAGUAGAGCAUUAAGCAAUGAAAUCCUGGGGCUGAAACUUCCCGGGGAGCCCCCGCUCACUCCCAACACCGUGUGCCUAACGCUGCCGGGUCUCAGUAAGCGCCAAUUCGGCCUGUGCCUGCGCAGCCCCGACGUGACGGCGUCUGCGCUGCAGGGCCUGCACAUCGCGGUGCACGAAUGCCAGCACCAGCUACGCGAUCAGCGCUGGAACUGUUCGUCCCUGGAGGCCAGCGGCCGACUGCCACACCACAGCGCCAUCCUGAAGCGGGGUUUCCGAGAGACUGCCUUCUCUUUCUCCAUGCUAGCUGCUGGGGUCAUGCACUCGGUGGCCACUGCUUGCAGCCUCGGUAAACUGGUGAGUUGUGGUUGUGGCUGGAAAGGCAGUGGAGAACAGGACCGGCUCAGAGCCAAACUGUUACAGCUACAGACACUCUCCCGUGGCAAAAGCUUUCCCAACUCUCCAGUUGGUCUUGGGCCCAAUUCAGGCACCAUCCCUGGUCCCCAGGAUACGUGGGAAUGGGGUGGCUGCAACCAUGACCUGGACUUUGGGGAAAAAUUCUCUCGGGAUUUCCUGGAUUUGCGAGAGGCUCCAAGAGACAUCCAGGCACGAAUGAGGAUCCACAACAACCGGGUGGGGAGACAGGUGGUGACUGAGAAUCUGAAACAGAAAUGUAAGUGCCAUGGCACAUCAGGGAGCUGCCAGUUCAAGACCUGUUGGAGAGCAGCACCAGAGUUCCGGGUGGUUGGGGCAGCACUUAGGGAACGAUUAAACCGGGCAGUCUUCAUCAACGCCCACAACCGCAACUCAGGUGCUUUCCAGCCUCGGCUUCGACCUCGACGUCUCUCAGGUGAACUCGUCUACUUUGAGAAAUCUCCUGACUUUUGUGAUUGGGAACCAGCCUUGGGAUCACCAGGCACCCAAGGACGUGUCUGCAACAAAACCAGCCGCCUCCUGGAUGGUUGUGGGAGUUUGUGCUGUGGGCGAGGGCAUAAUGUUCUCCGUCAGACCCGUGUGGAGCGAUGCCACUGCCGUUUCCAUUGGUGCUGUUAUGUUCUCUGUGAUGAAUGCCGGGUCACUGAGUGGGUAAAUGUCUGCAAGUGAGAGGGACAUUCAUCCCCUCUUCCACCCUGAUUCACACUAUGGAA